AUGGCUGCUCCAAUGAGCACCUCGGUGAAUGCCAUUUGCUCCACCUUCGACACACGAUGGGUGUUCACCGGUGGGACAGAUGGGUACAUUCGGAAGUUCAACUGGGCGGACACUGUCAACAACAAACUUGCACUCACAGUGGCUCAGCGCCACCCUUUCGUUGACAGCGUUGUCAAGGCGGCUGUCCUGAUGACUUACUGGGAGAACUGGGAUGACAAGGUUCGAUUGGGCACGUCGAUCGCCAGCACUGCUUCUCAGGUCAUAUCACCCGUCUACUCCCUUGCAUGCCAUAGCCAGGCAUUGUGGCUGCUCUCCGGGACAGCUUCAGGCGGGAUUCGAUUACAGUCAGUGCGGCAUGAGGAAGGACGCGAAAUUACCAUUUUGAGGAAACAUACCUCCGCUGUUUCGGUGCUAUCAUUGUCCUCUGACGAGAAGAGCCUGCUUUCGGGAAGCUGGGACAAGACUGUGGUUGACUGGGAUCUUGAGACUGGGAAGCCAAGAACCACUUUUGCCGCCAGUGCUCAACAGAUCUCUUGUAUUGAGGCGCGGCCGAUCUCAAGCCUGCCCGUCCCUGCCGAAUCAGGCGAGACAAUUGCUAUCAACGGAUCGGCGUCUUCGAAAAAAAGCGAAGGUCUCGUCAAUGGUGUCCAUAGUCGGGCUGGAAGCCAAGCGCCCGCUGAGGUAGCUAGGGAAAGCCCAGAUUCGCUCUUUGGCGGCGACGAAGGAGACGACGACCUGUUCGGUGACAGUGCGGGUGCUGUCAUGGGAAAUGGGGCUGGUCUGGAUGGAUUCGGUGAAGACCAAGAUCCAGCUAGUGCACUUGCGGCUGAAGCACAAGCAGGAGAAACCGAUGACACGCAAGCAGCAGAGAGCAGUAACCAGCUCCAGCCCGUGCAGCCUCCGCACUCUAUCUCCGAGCAACCAGUAUUGAACGGAGAAUCGCACGUGGGCGAUACUGUUCCGAAUGGCAGCCAAGAGCCGACUGCUAACGGUCUACCUCACUCAGACGACGCUGAUGUGCCCGAUAAUGCCACUGAUGCAGUCGCUGCCGUGACUUCUGACUCGACAUUCCUCGCGACGUCGAUCGAUGGAGCGAUCAGAGUAUGGGACAGGCGACAGCCAAACCCAGUGGCUAGAAUUGUCCCACGGAAUACUCCUCCUUGGUGUGUCAGCGCAUGCUGGUCUCCGGAUGGCAACAAUAUCUAUGCAGGCCGGCGGAAUAACACCGUUGAAGAAUAUGAUCUGCGCAAAGGUCUCAAAAGUCCAGAAAGGGUAUUCCGGUUCCCUCAAGGGAGUGGUGCGGUAACGUCUGUCAAGGCAAUGCCGAACGGUAGGCACUUGAUCUGCGCAUCAUUCGACAUUCUGCGGCUCUAUGACUUGAAGGAAUCAAACACAGCAAGAUCUACAGUACCGUUCUCCAUCGUUCCUGGUCAUCGGACGGGUGUGAUCUCGCAGUUGUACAUCGAUCCAGCUUGUCGGUUCUUGAUGUCCACCGGUGGCAAUCGAGGAUGGGAAGGCACGUCCACUGAGGUGCUACUUGGUUACGAAAUUGGAGCAUCGGCAUGA